CCAGUUGUCUGCUGAGUUUUCACUUAUCUGUGAGUAGAAGCUCCUUCUUCAAAUGUAAUCUCCAUUGUCAUCACUCUGGUUUUCAUGGGUAUGUCUUGUUUUCUUUCCUGUUAAAUCAUCAUUUCUCUUUACUUCGAUUUUCCAUUAUCAACUCCGUCUCGAGUGUUAAGUCUUUUUGUUUCUUUUGGAUAAACUCCUUGUCUGUAAAAAGAAUAAUGCAAGUAUUGAUAAACGCAAACCCUAGCCAAAAUGGCUUCAAACCCUUCUUCUCCACUCCAAUUACGCCUUUUAAUCUUCCGCCAACUAAUUUCCGAACUGGGUUUCUGCAAACCCAGAGGCCCCAACUGGGGUUUUGGAGAAGUUCUGUAAACCUAGGUAGAGAUCAAUCUGCUGUUACUAGUACUAGUACUAGUAAGACUGCUAAUCACAAUUUUGUAAAUGAAGAAGAAGAAGAAGAAGAAAAUGAUAAUGAUGGUGAGGAUUGGGAAUUGGAGUUCCUUGGGGAGCUUGACCCACUGGGAUUCCAACCUCCAAAGAAAAGGAAAAAGCUAAAAGAAUCCAAGUUGCUUCAAGGCACUGAAGGGAUGGACUGGUGUGUUAAGGCUAGGAGGAUUGCUCUUAAAAGUAUUGAAGCUAGGGGGUUGGCCAGUAGAAUGGAAGAUUUGAUUAGUGGUAAGAAUAAGAAGAAGAAGAAGAAGAAAACUACUAAAAUGGUGGGAAAUAAUGAUAAGAUUAGCAAGAAGGUCAAGGGUAUUAUAGAUGAUUUAGAGCAUGAUUCAGAGGAGGAUGUUGGGCUUGAAAAUAUUGAUGGUAGUACUCUCGAUCUUCGGAGAAAGGUGAGUAUGAUGGCUAGUGGGAUGUUUGAGGUGAAGAAGGAGAAGGCUAUGGAAGAGUUUGUUCAGAGGCUGUCUCAAUUCUCGGGGCCAUCUGAUCGUAGAAAAGAAAUCGACUUGAAUAAAGAUAUAGUUGAAGCGCAUACUGCAGAGGAAGUGUUGGAGGUUACAGCUGAGAUGAUCAUGGCUGUUGGAAAAGGGUUGAGUCCAUCACCAUUAUCCCCUCUAAAUAUUGCCACUGCACUUCAUCGAAUUGCUAAGAAUAUGGAGAAAGUUUCAAUGGUGAAAACUCGUAUGUUAGCAUUUGCCCGUCAAAGAGAGAUGUCAAUGCUUGUGGCUCUUGCAAUGACAGCAUUACCAGAUUGCUCAGCAGGUAUCUCAAAUAUCUCUUGGGCUUUGUCCAAGAUUGGAGGCGAGCUGCUUUAUUUCUCGGAAAUGGAUAGAUUUGCAGAGGUAGCAUUGACAAAAGUUGGGGAAUUAAAUUCUCAGAAUGUUGCUAAUAUUGCUGGGGCUUUUGCUACAAUGCAGCACUCUGCGCCUGAACUAUUCUCGGAACUGUCAGAAAGGGCAUCAGACAUUAUUGACACUUUCCAAGAGCAGGAGCUUGCUCAGAUGUUGUGGGCUUUUGCCUCUCUAUACGAGCCAGCUAAUCCUCUGUUCGAGUCCUUGGAUAAUGUUUUCAAGGACACAAGUCAAUUUAAAUGCUGCUCAAGCAAUAUCUCGGAUCACAAUCCUGACUUGGAAAGAGUUUUAGACUCUUCAAUUCUCAGUUUUAACAGGGAUCAGCUUGGGAAUAUAGCUUGGUCUUAUGCUGUUCUUGGGCAGUUAGACCGGCUUUUCUUUUCAAAUGUGUGGAAAACUCUGAGCAAUUUCGAGGAACAAAGAAUUUCGGAGCAAUACAGGGAAGAUAUCAUGUUUGCUUCACAGGUUCAUCUUGUGAACCAAUGCUUGAAACUUGAGUAUCCACAGCUUGAUUUAUCCCUCAAGCAUGAGCUUGAGGAGAAAAUUUCUAAUGCAGGAAAAACAAAGAGGUUUAAUCAGAAAACAACAUCAUCUUUCCAGAAAGAGGUUGCUCGUCUACUCGUUAGUACUGGCAUGGAUUGGGUGAGAGAGUACAGUGUGGAUGGGUAUACCUUGGAUGCUGUUUUGGUUGAUAAGAAGGUUGCUUUGGAGAUUGAUGGACCAACUCAUUUCUCUAGAAAUACUGGGAAACCAUUGGGACACACAAUGCUGAAACGCCGGUACAUCACUGCCGCUGGUUGGAAUAUUGUGUCAUUGUCACACCAAGAGUGGGAGGAACUGAAUGGGAGUUUUGAGCAGCUAAACUACCUAAGAGAAAUUCUAAAAGACCACCUUGGGGAAGGCAACCACAAUGAUCUGUAAUUAGUGAGGAAGAUUGAAGAGCAUCAUGGAUUAGUUAGUGAAAUUCGAAAA